UUAGCAGAGAGGAUCUCUGAUUUUAGCGUUAUAGUCAAAAAGUCGGCUGGUCGGCGUGUCUCGCUCUCGGAUCCUCUCUGUAAAAUACAUUUCCAAAAAAGUUGGAAUCCUAGAAUCGGAGGAUUGAAUCGGAGGAAAUUCCUAGAUUGACUUUCCCUUCAGUUGACGUAUGAAACGCGAGAACUACUGGUUCGGUCAGAGGUGACGAGGAACUGAGAGAGCGAAUCUCCUAUUUUCCUGAGGUUAGCCGCACCGAUGUUUACAGUUCCUAACCUAACUCACCGGACUGACCGGACGGAUAGCGACGGUUACACGUGGAUUGAAGUAGUUCAUUUUUAUUUCGAAUUUACUGAGUGAACAGCCGAGUUACACUUCGAUUCGCGUGCCCGUUACCGUUUGACAGCUUUACCGUUGGUAAAUCUAUAUCGUUUGAAAAAAAAGAAUUGGUCGUACGGCAGUUAACCUCUCGGCAGACGCUGCCGUUGUCGAAGAGUAAACUGUCUCUAUAUCGCUCAAAGAGAAUGUCUGGGAUAGUUCAGUACGUGCUGGUGCGGACAGAUCUUGGAUGGCCGUUGGGUGCCAUGAUCGCCCAAGCGUGUCACGCGUGCACCGCGAUCAUCCAUCAAUCCUACAAUGACGCCGACACGCAGGCCUACCUCGCGGAUGUGGACAACAUGCACAAGGUGGUCCUCGAAAUCGACGGAGCCGAAAUGGAGCAGCUGCGCGAGAAGCUGGACCAGGACAGCAUUCAGUUUAAGCUGUGGGUAGAACGGCCCGAGAUAAUAGCGACGUGUCUGGCAACGAAGCCCUAUCCCAAGAACAAGGUACAAUCUCAUUUCAAGAAGUUCAAAUUACUCAAGGUGUAUAACGGAUGUAAGGAUGAUGUAUAAUAAAUUAAUCGCGUUAAGAUAAGGGCACGGA